AUGAAUAAUUUGAACGUUAUAUGUAGAAAGUUUUCCCAUUCGGCAUCUUUAAAUGCUAUAAAAAAGGUAACAGUUGUCGGCGGCGGACUUAUGGGUUCUGGAAUCGCACAGGUUGCAGCUCAAGCCGGACAAAAUGUUACAAUAGUCGACUUGAAUUCGGAUAUCCUUGAAAAAGCCCAGAAAUCCAUACAAAACAAUCUAGGGCGAGUGGCGAGAAAGCUGUAUAAAGAUGAUCCUUCUAAAAUGGAGGAAUUUGUUAAAGAAGCUAAUAAUAGAAUUAAGGUUUCAACCAAAAUAGAAGAUGGUGUAGAUGCUGAUCUGAUUGUAGAAGCCAUUGUCGAGUUACUGGAACCGAAACAGAAACUAUUCAAUAGAUUGGAUGAGCUGGCUCCACAACAUACAAUUCUAGCGAGCAACACAUCAUCUAUAUCAAUCAAUGAGAUCGGCAGCGGUAUUAAGAGAAAAGACAGGUUCGGUGGGCUUCACUUCUUCAAUCCAGUGCCUGUAAUGCGUCUUCUAGAGGUUAUCAAGAGUGAUGAAAUGUCCCAAGAGACUUACAACACAAUGAUGGAGUGGGGCAAGUCAGUCGGCAAGACAUGCAUCACCUGCAAAGAUACUCCUGGAUUUGUUGUCAAUAGACUUCUAGGGCCUUAUAGUGCUGAGGCUUUCAGAAUGUUUGAGAGAGGUGAUGCUAGUAAAGAAGACAUCGAUAUUGGUAUGAAGCUUGGUGCAGGGUACCCGAUGGGUCCACUAGAGUUAGCUGACUACACUGGACUUGAUACUAACAAGUUCGUCCUUGAAGUUUUGUACCAGAAGACAAAGAACCCCGUGUUCAAACCUAUACCAUUACUGAAUAAAAUGGUGGAAGAAGGCAAACUUGGCAUCAAGACGGGGGAGGGGAUCUAUAAAUAUAAGAAAUGA